AUGGCCAAGUAUCCCGGCCCGAUCCUGAGCUCCCUCACUCAGGUCCCAUAUUGGUAUCACUGCAUUCGAGGAGAUCAAAUAUACUGGAUACACCAACUCCACCAAAAGUACGGCCCUGUGGUGCGCGUCAACCCCAACGAACUCAGCUACACGGACGGUCGAGCAUGGAAAGACAUCUUCGGGCACCGCGUAGGCGGCAAGCCCGGCAACGGCAAAGACACGCGAUGGUACAGCCCGCCGUCAGCCACGGGCGGACCGACGCUCCAAACCGAACACGACGACGCCAUGCACGGUCGCGUCCGCCGCAUCUUCGCAAACGCCUUCUCGCACAAGGCGCUGGUGGAACAGGAGCCUCUGAUCCGCCGGUACGCCGAGCUCCUGGUCUCCAAGACGCGCGAGAUCGUGAAAUCGUCGAGUUCCGCCGUCGACCUCGUGCUGCUGUACAACUGCACGACCUUCGACAUCAUGGGUGACCUAACCUUCGGCGAGCCGCUGCACCUGCUCGAGGACUCGCAGCUGUCUCCUUGGAUCAAGGCCGUCUUCUCGAACGUCAAAUCGCUCGACAUGGCCCGCGUCGCGCGCGAAUACACCUGGCUUGGCCCUGUCUGGAGACGCCUGAUCCCCCGCUCGCUUGCCGAGUCGCAGAAGCUGCACGUCCAGAACUCCAAGGACCGCGUGACCCGCCGGCUGGCCAGAGCUCGCGACGACGAUCAUAAGGAUAUUUGGAGCUUGAUCCUGCGUGAUGGCGGCAAGCUCGAUGAAGCUCGCAUGCAUUCAAACUCGACCUUCUUCAUGCUGGCUGGAACCGAGACGACGGCUACAUCGCUGAGCGGCCUGACGUAUAAUUUGCUACGCAACCCAGACAAGAUGCGCAAGCUGGUCGAUGAGAUCCGCGGCGCGUUUUCUGAUCCGAAAGACAUGAAUCUCGUGAACCUGCAACAGCUGCCGUACCUACAUGCUUGCAUAGAGGAGGGGCUCCGGAUGUACCCGCCAGCUCCGAUCGGCACGCCGAGAAAGGUCGCCGCAGAUGGAGCCGCUAUUUGUGGGAAAUGGACCAGAGUCUAUGUCCAUCAUUACGCCGCUUACCGUUCCCCCUCUAACUUCCGUAAUCCCGACGCAUUCGUCCCGGAGCGUUGGAUGGGUGCUCCCGAAUACGAAUCCGACAAGCGCGACGUUUUUGAGCCCUUCUCCUACGGGCCACGUAAUUGCCUUGGUAAAAACUUGGCGUAUCAUGAAAUCAGGUUGAUCUUGUCCAUGAUGCUGUGGACAUACGAUAUGGAACUAUGCGAUGAUUCCCUUACCUGGUCUGACCAGAAGGUGUGGACGUUGUGGGACAAGCCGCCGCUGUUUGUUCGGCUGACUCGUGAGAUUGGUGCUUCUGGCGCCGAUGCGGGUGCAACGUUCUUGACCGUCAACUUUCCAUCAGCAACGAGCAGCUACCUCACGCAUCUUCUGCCCGGCGAGAACACCGUGAAACGAGAACAAGGAGGUGGCGGCAGAUAA